UUUAUAGCCUUGGCAGUAGCUGUGAUAGGAUAUAUUCCUUAAGUUUAUCCGAUGCCAAAGCCUGAUUAAUUAUUCACUUAAUCCAUAGCCAUGAUUGUGUUUAAAGAUUAAUUUCAGUCCCCAGGUGUGAGAACCAUGCAGACCGGCUGCCCAAGAUCCCAGAAUGAUCAGAUUUGGAGACAUCUUGAAGGUGAUCGGAGAAUUUGGGAGGUUUCAGAAAUGGCUGGUGGUGCUGAACUGCAUCCCCAAUUUCCUAAUUCCCUUUCACGUGUUCGGACAAGUGUUCAUUGUCAUGGACGUGCCUCACCACUGCAACACGGACUGGAUCCUUAAUAUUACCCAAAACCUGACCCAAGAGCAGCAGCUGAACUUGACCAUUCCCAGGAAACCAGACGGCUCUUUUGAGGAAUGUUCCAUGUUUAGUCCUGUGGAAGGCGAUAUCGAUUCAAUAAUAAAAGACGGACUAAAUUCCACAGAAGCCUGCCGAGAUGGUUGGGUGUACCCCACAGAUCCAAAGCCGUCGUUGCUGACAGAGUUCAACUUGGUCUGUGACCGAAAUAACUUAAAAGACGUCUCUCAAUCUCUUUUCAUGGCGGGUGGUCUUGUGGGAGCCCUGGUCCUUGGCCCACUGAGCGACGUGAUUGGAAGUCACCAGAUGAUCCUGUUCAGCCUCUUCUUCAUGGGAUUCUCUGGUAUUGGGGCAGGAUUUUCUCCAAAUUUCUAUGUCUACCUCGCCCUGAGAUUCAUCGUGGGCGCCGCUUUUUCUGGGAUCAGCAUCAGCUUGUCCGCUUUAACUUCGGAGUGGGUUGGGCCUUCCUAUCGCCCACUUGCAAUGAUCAUCAGCUACUGCUUCCAAGGCGUUGGGCAGAUGGCCUUGGCUGGUUUGGCAUACUCGAUCCGUGAAUGGAGAAACUACCAGUUUGCUGGCUCUGCUCCAGCAUUUGCCCUCUUUUUUUACAUAUGGGUUCUUCCCAAGUCUGCCCGAUGGCUUGUGACAAAAGGGAAGGUCGAGGAAGCCAAAAAGGUGCUUCGAAAGGCUGCUUCCAUUAACAAACAAACUAUCUCAGAGGAACUACUCAACCAGCUGGCUCCAGAAGAGAAGGUGAAAUCCGGGAAUAUCCUGGAUCUUUGCAAGAAGCCACGUCUAAGGAUUCUGACUUUAAUCAUGGCCAUAGUCUGGUUUGCAGACAGUCUUGUGUAUUAUGGAGUGAGCCACCAGGUUGGGGAUUUUGGCUUGGACAUCUACAUGACCCAGCUUGUGUUUGGAGCUGUGGAAAUACCAUCUCGAGCCUCCUGUAUCUUCCUCCUCCAGUGGAUGGGGAGGAAGAAAUGCCAGGCUGCUUGGCUUUUCCUAGGUGGAGUCAUGUGCUUGAUCAUCCCUGCUAUUCCAACAGACUUCCCUGUGACUGUGACGGUGCUGGCUGUUAUUGGCAAGUCUGCCUUGGCUGCCUCCUUUUCAACCACCUAUGUGUUUUCUGCUGAAAUCUUUCCCACAGUUAUCAGGCAAAGCAGUUUAGGCUUGUGCUCCGUGGUUGGCAGAGUAGGCGGCAUCCUUGCCCCACUGGUGGUUCUCCUGGACAAAUAUCACCCUGCUAUUCCCAUGGUGAUACUUGGAGGCACAGCACUGUCUGCGGGAAUCCUCUGCUUUUUUCUUCCUGAGACACAGAACCAAGAUCUUCAGGAUGACAUAGGAGAAUCCCCAGCAAGCCAGAGGUCCAACGAGGUUGUCAACAGUAGCUUUGAAAAUGGACCUGUGCAGAAAGAAGAUGGCCAAAUGAAAGAAGCCACCAUCACUACGCGCUUCUAGCAGAAAUAACAAAUCCACUUGAAUGCAAAGGACGUUUAGCGAAGAUUUCAGGGAUGAGUGAAUUGGUCGUUUUGAUUUCUCCCCAGUUCUCAUCUCUUGAAACUUUAAUUCUUCACAUUCCCACAACAGUUUCUUCAGUCCUCGUGAAGAUUUAUCAGCACUUUAGUGCGAAUUUCUCCUGAUACGCACAUUUUUGUACACACCUUUCUCUGAUACAAUGCAUUUUGGUAUGUUGUUUUCACUAAUAUAU